UCCUCAGACGGGGGCGCCCGGCUCCGCGUCCCCCCAGGACAGCUCUCCCGGACGCGGAGUUUCUUCUUUCUGCCGGCAGGGGGCGCCCUGCGCCGGCAUCUCUGCCCCGCUGCCUUCUCCGGGGUUGGCCGGCCAGGAUGCGCCGCACCUCGGAACUCCACCCCGGGGCGGAGCGGGACCCGCGGCCGCCGCCGCUGCCUCCUCCGCGGCACCUCCUGCCUCAGCUCUGGCCCCGCCGGAGCAGCCGCCGCCGCUGCCGCCUGCGCCCCCCGGGAGACCCCCGCCCUCGCCCCGCCAGGAUGACGGUCCCGCUGCGCUUGGAAGAGGGGCUGAAGGACUCGCCCCGCUUCAGAGCUGCUGUUGAGACGGUGGAAAUGGAAGUAUCGGUUUUGGAGACCCAUUUGGAAAAGUUGCUGAAGCUGGGCGGCGCCAUGCUGGAAUCCGGGCGCCAGUUCUGCAGCCACAGCAAGAGCUUCGCAUCGGGGAUCCAGGAGCUUUCCCAGAAUUCCUCGGGGGACACGUUGAUGAGCGGAUGCCUGGAAAAGUUUUCCCAAAGCUUGAACAGAAUGAUGGAACAGCAACAGGAACUCCUGGAGACCGCACAGCAGUCUCUCAAGCAACAGCUACAAACUCUGGUGAAGGAGGACAUUAAGCACUUCAAAGAGACCCGGAAGGAAUUCGAACGGGGCAGCGAAGGUCUGGCCAGUGCCUUGCACCAUAACGCCGAGGUCCCCCGCCGGCGCCACCACGAGGCCGAAGACGCCGUGGUCACCCUCAAAGCAGCCCGGACCACCUUCCGCAACCGAGCCCUCGACUACGUACUGCAGAUCAACGUCAUUCAGUCCAAGAAGAAAUUCGAGAUUCUCAAAUUUAUCUUGUCCUUUAUGGAGGCCCAGUCCGUCUUCCUGGAGCACGGAUCCCAGGAGUCGAAACAGCUGGAAGAGUAUCGGAAAGGCCUGGCUGUUCAGCUCCACGAGCUGGUCCUGGAAUCCGCCCGGGAGAAGAGGGACAUGGAGCAGAGACACGCCGUCAUAAAACAGAAGGAUUUGACCCAAGACGACGACGUCCCCGAAAUCCAGGCCGAACCGGGCCAGGUGGUGAUGGAAGGAUACCUGUACAAACGGGCCAGCAAUGCCUUCAAGACCUGGAGCAGACGCUGGUUCUCCAUCCAGAACAGCCAGCUGGUUUAUCAGAAAAAGGCCAAGGACGGGCUGACGGUGGUCGUGGAGGACCUUCGCCUCUGCACGGUCAAGCCGUGUCCGGACCACGAGCGCCGCUUCUGUUUCGAGGUGGUCUCCCCCUCCAAGUCCUGCCUCCUCCAGGCCGACUCAGAGCGCCACCUGCAGGCCUGGAUGUGUGCCGUCCAGAGCAGCAUCGCCUCGGCUUACAACGAGGAUUACCCAGAAUCCCCCGGGCAGCCCCUGGAACGGAGCACGUCCCUGUCGGCCACAUUGCAGUCCCCCUCCAGCCGCAAACUGCGGGGCGGGGUGGACAAGCAGGUGGUCGACCAGGUGCAGCGCCUGGAGGGCAACGCCCAGUGUUGCGACUGCCGAGAGCCGGCGCCCGAGUGGGCCAGCAUCAACCUGGGCAUCACCCUUUGCAUCGAGUGCUCGGGCAUCCACAGGAGUCUGGGGGUGCAUUUCUCUAAGGUGAGGUCCCUGACGCUGGAUGCCUGGGAACCGGAGCUGGUGAAGCUGAUGUCCGUGCUGGGCAACCGAGUCAUCAACCAGAUCUACGAGGCCCGGGUGGAGGAAAUGAACAUGAAGCGCCCCCAGCCAGGAAGUUCCAGAUCCGAAAAGGAGGCCUGGAUCCGGGCCAAAUACGUGGAGAGGAAGUUUAUCACCAAGUUCCCCAACACUGGGGGGGCCCUGAGUCGCAGCAGAGAGCCCCCCCGAGGGCCGGAGAGAUCCCCGAGGCCCUUUCCCAAGCCUAAGCCGCCGGGCCACAUCCGCCGGAACACAGGAGCCCGCGAGGGCAUCUCCCCGAGUCGGGCUACCCCAGCGUCGGAGGACCUGCGCAAUUUGCACCCGGGCGCCUUGCUCUACCGCGCGGCCGCCGCGCCCCCCAGUUUGCCCACCAUGGCGGACGCUCUGGCUCACGGGGCGGACGUAAACUGGGUGAACACGGCCCAGGAAAGCCGGACCCCGUUGCUCCAGGCCGUCGCUGCUAAUUCAUUGCUGGCGUGUGAAUUUUUGCUUCAAAAUGGAGCCAACGUCAACCAGGCGGACUCCAAAGGGCAAGGACCACUGCACCACGCCACCAUCUUAGGCCACACCGGGCUGGCCUGCCUGUUUCUCAAACGCGGUGCCAACAUGAACGCCGUGGACGGGGAGGGCAAGGACCCGCUGGGCAUCGCCAUCGAUUCGGCUAAUGCGGACAUCGUGACCUUGCUGCGACUGGCCCAGAUGCGGGAAGCUGAGCUGGCCUUAGGCCAGUCAGGGGAUGAAACGUACCUGGACAUUUUCCAAGAUUUCUCGUUCAUGGCGUCCAACGAUCCUGAGAAGCUGUCCAGGAGGGCCUAUGACUUGAGACUCACCACUUUGUGAAGCCCUGGAGAAGCUUCCUCAAGACGGGAAACCCACCAGGAACGUGGUCAUUUCCAGCGUCCACGACCGACGGGGUGGCUGGGCUGUCCAAAAAAUCAAAUUAAGUUGCAAAUGGACUCCCGAGGUCCAAGGGGCUGGUUUUAAGCAUGGGGUCCCCCAAACUUACUUCUCGAAGCUGCUUUUGGGGUGAACUUGGCCAGAAAACAGCCAGGACAGCGAAGAUCGGCGCAUGGACACUCUUUUCAUUUUGAACCCUUCUGUUUUUCCUUUCUGAUCUUCCCUUUUUUUUGUUUUUUGUUUUAAUUUAUUGCUUUUGAACGGUCUAUCAUUGCGGAACGAUGCUAAAGGGACAGAUACGGAAUCAAUUUGCACCCCAAAUCUAAUUUUCUUUUUUCUUUUCUGAGUCUGGAAACCGCGACGUCUCGGCCUGGACAGGUGAAAAACGGGGUGUUUUUGGAGCUGGGAAAGCUGCGAGUUUUAUUUGGGAAUAAACGUGGUUUUCCAGAGGA